AUGGCUGAAAACACACGCCUCAAGGAGCUUGACGCCAACGUGAAGAAAAUCCUCGAUCUCAUGGAGAAACGUGAUCUCUGUUAUAACGAACGCUUUGCGCAGCUGGAGUUGGCGCUCCAUGACGUUUCCAAGCAGCAACCUGGUGGUUCGAACUCACAAACCAACCUGCCGUUUCAGGUACGGAAUAUUAAGCUUGAUUUUCCUAAAUUUGACGGAACCAAUGUUCUGCAAUGGAUCUUCAAGGCUGAACAAUUUUUUGGAUAUUACUCCACUCCUGAGCUCCAACGCCUUACUAUUGUUGCGAUCCAUUUGGAGAAGGAUGUUGUACCUUGGUUUCAGAUGAUGCAAAAGAACAACCCCUUCCAAUCCUGGGAAGGUUUUACUAAGGCAUUAGAACUCGAAUUCGGUCCUUCUCCUUAUGAAUGCCCACGAUCUGCUCUGUUUAAACUCUCACAAUUGGGCUCUGUCCAUGAUUAUUAUGUCGAGUUCACUGCUUUGGCUAAUCGUGUUACGGGGCUUACCGUCGAUGCCAUAUUGGAUUGCUUUUUGAGUGGCCUUAAACUUGAAAUUAGACGAGAGGUGUUAGCUCAAUCACCAAACUCUGUCCUUAAAGCUGUGUCCUUAGCCAAACUUUUUGAAGAGAAAUACACUCCUAACCCGAAACCUUACUUUUCAUCUAGCUAUCCCAAAACCUCAACCACAAAACCACAGAACAGCCCACAAUCCAAAACAAAUGCCUUACCACCCCUGUUACCUACCCCAAACUUGCAACCAUUUACCCAACCUUUCAAACCAUCCAAUGUCAAAAACAUCACCCCUGCUGAAAUGCAAAUCCGUAGAGAGAAAGGGUUGUGCUAUACUUGUGAUGACAAAUUCACCCCAAACCAUAGAUGUCCUAAUAAACAGUACCUAUUACUACAAUAUGAGGAGACCGAGGAACCCCCCGAUAAACCCCACUCAUCUGAACACCUUACUCACCCCAACCCUGACCCCAUUUUGGACCAUCAUCUCUCUUUCAACGCCCUCAAAGGCUCUAAUGGAGUGGGUACAAUGCGAUUCCAAGGCUCUAUUCAAGGUGUCUCCGUUCAGAUUUUGUUAGACAGUGGCAGUUCUGAUAAUUUUCUGCAACCUCGACUUGCAAAUUACUUGAAAUUACCGGUUGAACCCAUUUCUAGUUUUCAAGUUAUGGUGGGCAAUGGAAAUUCUUUGACGGUUGAAGGACUGAUACAAGAACUCAAGGUUUCAGUACAGGGUCAUACACUCACUCUCCCGGUGUAUUUAUUACCAGUUUCUGGCGCAGAUUUGGUGUUGGGCGCAUCAUGGCUGGCUACUUUGGGCCCCCAUAUUUCUGAUUAUAGUGCAUUAACUUUGAAAUUUUAUUUGAAUGGUGAAUUUAUUACUCUCCAUGGUGAUAACUCGAAGCUUCCCACCCCAGCGCAAUUCCAUCAUAUUCGGAGAAUGUCUCACACACAUGCUAUUGCGGAAUGUUAUACAUUACAGCUUCAAUUUCCUGAAGUGCCACAGGAUCAAUGGGCUGACUUACCUGCUGACUUACACCCUGAUUUAGCACGUACUAAUCCUGUGAAAGUUCGGCCAUACCGUUAUCCGCACGAAAACAGUAACACUUAUUUUGCCAAAUACGGUUAA